UACCUCAAACUUGAGCUAGAAUUUGCAGAUCUACAUAAAGGCUCUACUGGAACUGCAGGCAAAGCAUUAGGUCACUGUUAAGUGUAAUCUAAUAGUUUGCUGUUAACAUAAAAUGGGUUUGCAAGGCACUGGCUUUCUCCUUCAGUGUUACCUGAUGCUGGCUGCUGCCAUGUUUUUUCAUCUUGGAGAGCAGGAGGAGAAAUGCAUCAUUGAGGAGAUUCCUGAAGACACACUAGUGACCGGCUUUUUUCUUUUGGAGCCUUGGGAUGUGAAGGCGUUAUCAAAAUUACCUCAACUUGGCCUCACUGUGACAGUAAAAGAUUCAAACAGUGAGAUUAUGUUGUCCAAGCGAUAUGGGAAAUUUGGUAAAUUCACCUUCACAGCUCACACUUCUGGUCAGCAUUUUCUUUGCUUUAAAACAAACUCGACAAGUUUUUCUGUCUUUGCCCAUGAACGUCUGAAGCUACAUUUGGAUGUACAAAUGGGAGGGUUCACAGUUGGUCACAAUACUGAUAGGACCAAGGACAGCAUGGAGGCCCUGGAGAACAGUCUUAGACACCUGACGGAGCAGAUGAUUCACAUUACCAGGCAGCAGGAGUUCCAGAGGGAGAAGGAGGAGGUAUUUCGUCAGAUCAGUGAGAACACCAACAGCAAAGUGUUGUGGUGGGCUGCAGUGCAGACCUCCAUUCUGCUGGUGGUUGGUUUCUGGCAGAUGAAAAGACUCAAAGACUUCUUCAUCGAGAAGAAACUGGUCUGAUGAACAACUUUGACCAGCCUCAUUGUUUUUACUUUUAUUUCACAUACCUGUACCAGUGAAGUUUGAGUGCUCUAGGGCUAUAAUGCUUAAUAAAAAGGCCAGUUUUUACCAAACAGCUGGUGCGAUGCUCUAGAGUAUGGUGUUUAAGACUAUUGUAUAUACAGUUGUGGUAUGAAGUACAUACAUUCGUCAUGGGCAUGAAGUUGUGGUGAUCUGGGGUUUUAGUGAUUUCUGUGAACUGUGGAAUGACUGUGCAGCACACAUUUGUAAUGAUUAUAAUCAAAAAUUGGGUGCUCAAGUUUCAAUCUAUUUUGGAUUUCACAGGGUCACAAUUAUACAUGUUGGAUCAAAUAUAUACAUAUACCCCGAAUCAUAUUUGAUUAGCAAGACCCUUCUCAAAUUGCAUCCGCCACUUUUAGUAGCCAUGAAGUUAUAAUUUUGGCUGGCUAUUUCACCACUCUACUUGGCUAAAUUGGUAGGUGUCUUGUAGAUCGAUUGCUUUCUUGGCAAAGAUCCAGCUUUUAGGCAUAGUUCACAAAUUUUCAAUAACGUUGAGGUCAGGGCUUUGGGAAGGCCACUCCAGAGACCUAAUAUUAGCCUGCUUUAUCAAUUCUAAAAUCAGUUUUGAUGUGUUUGGGAUCACUGUCCUGUUCUAACACCCAAUUGCAUUCAACCAUCUAGUUGCUGAUUUGAGGUAAAGUUGAAGAAUUUGGAGGUAGGCCUUCUUCUUCAUUAUUUUACCCACUUUGUGCAAUGUACCAGUACCACUGACAGCAAAACAGACCCAGAACAUGAGGCUACCACCUCAUGCUUGUUAGCUGGUAGUGUUCUUAGUUAGAGUCAGGGCUUCUUUCUUGGUUGGCAUUCUCUCAAUGCAUGGCGAUAUAAAACUCGCUUCACUGUUGACAGUGACACUAGUCUUCCAGCAGUUUCCAGUUCGUGGCAGGCUUGAUCCUCAUUCCCCCGGUUGUUCCUCAACAUCCUAACCAAUUUUCUUUCAUGACAGUUUGUGUCUUCUUUCAGAAGAAAGAAAAAGUGGUGAAACAUCCAAAUAACAUUUGUACAAUUGUUUGAACUGAUGAUCUUGGAAACUCCAGUUGUUUAGAAAUUAUUUCCAAAGAUCUUCCCAACUUGCGUAAAUCUACAAUUCUCAUGUUUAAAUCUGAGUUCCUUGGACUUUCUCAUUGGUCAAUCUAAUCAGUGGUGUCAAUCAAAUCGUUUUUAUGCUAAAAAGAGAAACUAGCAGUUGUAGUUAAUCAUGAUCACAAAAGUUAACUGGCCUUGGUCUUGUCAAGUUAAAAUACAGCAUAAAACAUUUAGCACCGUUUAUUAAAGCACUUAAAUGAAUGUGGACAUAUAUUUGAGCCUGCAUGUUUUCUCUUGAUGUCGUGGAUUACAGAAAAUCCUAAAUAAAUAAAUAAAAUCAAGAUUUGGGUGCAUAGAGCUUGAAAGUAUUUAAAGAUGUAUGCUUUUCACUCUGGAAAAAGAACAGUUCAAAGACAUGAUUAAAAGUCCAAAGUUACCAUGACAUUCAUGACCACGAUGAAUGCAUGUAAACUUCUGAGCACAACUGUAUCCUUUGCAAAUUAAAAUGUGAAAAAAUUGCAU